GCUCUGUCCUCAGCUGCCGGCUGAGUUUCGCUGGUAAUCCCAUGGUUGUUGCCAGUACUUUACGUUCUGGGAGGUGAUAAGUGACGAACAUGGCAUCGACCCGACCGGGACAUAUCACGGAGACAGUGACCUGCAGCUGGAACGAAUCAACGUCUAUUACAACGAGGCAGCAGGCGGGAAGUAUGUCCCUCGUGCAGUGCUGGUGGACUUGGAGCAAGGCACAAUGGACUCCGUGAGAUCUGGUCCCUUUUGACAAGUCUUUCGACCGGACGGCUUUGUCUUUGGCCAGAGCGGAGCAGGUAACAACUGGGCUAAAGGCCACUACACCGAGGGAGCUGAGCUGAUGGACUCAGUCCUGGAUGUGGUGAGAAAAGAGGCAGAGAGCUGCGACUGCCUCCAGGGCUUCCAGCUCACACACUCCCUGGGAGGAGGCACCGGCUCUGGCAUGGGCACGCUGCUCAUCGGCAAAAUCCGAGAGGAGUACCCAGACCGCAUCAUGAACACGUUCAGCGUGGUGCCUUCACCCAAGGUGUCGGACACAGUGGUGGAGCCAUACAGUGCUACCCUCUCUGUCCACCAGCUGGUGGAGAAUACAGAUGAGACCUUCUGCAUUGAUAACGAGGCCCUGUAUGACAUCUGCUUUCGCACACUGAAGCUCACCACGCCCACCUAUGGUGACCUCAACCACCUGGUCUCAGCCACCAUGAGCGGGGUGACUACCUGCCUGCGGUUCCCUGGCCAGCUCAAUGCUGAUUUGAGGAAACUGGCUGUUAACAUGGUGCCCUUUCCCAGGCUGCACUUCUUCAUUCCAGGGUUUGCCCCCUUGACCAGCCGCGGCAGCCAGCAGUACAGGGCAUUGACGGUUCCAGAACUCACCCAGCAGAUGUUCGACUCCAAGAACAUGAUGGCAGCUUGCGACCCACAGCACGGGCGUUACCUUACAGCCGCCGCCAUCUUCAGAGGCCGCGUGUCCAUGAAGGAGGUGGACGAGCAGAUGCUGAACGUGCAGAACAAAAACAGCAGCUACUUUGUGGAUUGGAUCCCCAACAACGUGAAGACAGCUGUCUGUGACAUCCCUCCCCGCGGCCUCAAGAUGGCUUCCACCUUCAUUGGCAACAGCACAGCCAUUCAAGAGCUGUUCAGGCGCAUCUCUGAGCAGUUCACCGCCAUGUUCCGCCGCAAGGCCUUCCUCCACUGGUACACGGGCGAGGGCAUGGAUGAGAUGGAGUUCACAGAGGCUGAGAGCAACAUGAACGACCUGGUGUCCGAGUACCAACAGUACCAGGACGCCACGGCCGAGGAAGAGGGCGAGUUUGAGGAGGAGGGCGAAGAGGACAUGGCCUAGACACCUGCUGUGACCUAUUUUUUUGUUGGUUGUUGCUAUUUUUACUAUGCAACAGUAAGCGCCAGGCAACUGGUAGUCCUGUUAUUGAUAAUUGGCUGAAAAUCAAUAAUUUGUAUGGAAAAAUUGUUGUUGUAAUUCCACUGAAAGUUAUCAAAUGAUAAUACGGUAUUCUUGUCCAGCCGUGGUUUUCAAACGUUUCCUGUUCUGUGUUGGCACUGUUCUCGUUGUGCUCUUCUUCUUUGUUCACUUUCAGGACAUGAAUGUUUUUAACCUG